AUGGGUCUUAAGAGAAAGCCCCCGACCAGCUUAUUCGACCUCAUUGAGGGUCAGCCGGGGAAGGGUGCACUAGGAAAGUCACAAUCCAAUGUUCCAACUCCCCCACCCCAGCCCCAGCCUGUCCAGAAUAGGUCUUCUCCUUCUAGGUCGCAGCCACAAUCUCCUCGCCCCAAACUUCCUGCUCCUCCCCAAUCAGCUCUGUCUCUUCGGCCUGAGCCCACCAGCCCAAAGAGAAAGAGGAGUCCCAAGGGUAAGGAACAUUAUGGAUGGGGAGAAAUCUCAAUCCUCUCGAGAGGAGGACGAAGCCCCGCGAGCUCAAAAACAGUUAAAGAUUGGGCAUCAAGGCCAGGGGAAAGGAAUCGAUGCCCAACCCGCACCGAGUUCUUGGCUUCCUGCCCCAAUGCUCCACAGGGAGCCAUUGAUGGAAGAUGCAUCCCUGAGGAACCUUGGGGACGGCGAAGGCGCUUAUGUAGCCGACGCGUUAGAGAGGGCCCUGUUGCUUCCUACCGAUAUGGAAGAGUUGAAGAACAUGAGGAUGUAAGAGGUUUUCCUCAGUGUGAAGAGGCUAUCCAGGCCACCUAUAGGAUGGAGGAAGAAGUUAAGGCGCAGAGUAAGACCGUAGAGAUUGAGCGCAAUAAACGUAUAGAUGCUGCGCGAACCCUCAAAACUUCUGAGGCUGACCUCGCGAAGGCCAGGGAGGACUUAAAGGAGGCAACCAGAGCCAGGGAUAGUGCUAAGGCAGGUUUGACUGGUGCCCAAAAACAAGCCGAGGAACAGACGAGACGCCUACUUGCUGCCGAGGAACAAUUGGAGAUUGCUAAGGAGCAGAUCAGUGAUUUAAAGAAGAAACUGAUCAAGGCAGACAAUGCUAAGGGCGUGGCGGAAUGGGCCAGUGAUAAAACCGUGAGGGCCAAGACAAAGGCUGAGUUUGCCAAGACUGAGGCCGAAACUGCCAAGGACAAGGCCGAGGAGGAGGCUUACAAAGCAGGGGUGGCUGAAACCUAG